AUGUUGGCACGCAGUGUGAGCUACAGAUGGAUAUCGACAAGUCGUGUUCUUUACAACAAACAAGCGGUCAAAACAGUGGUGUCGUCGUGUCCUGCUGGAACUUCGCUAAAUCUAAACAUAUGGAAAAGCGGUAAAGAUGCACUGGCACUCGAAGAAAAGGAGUACCCAAGCUGGUUAUGGAGCGUAUUGGAUAACAAGCAGGACGUCGAACAUGCCGGUCAAGACCAGGAAGGGGAAGCUUUAUUGAAGAGAAGAAAAAAUAUUAGAAAGGCAAACAGACAGCGAAUCAAGCAGAGCAACUUCCUGAGUCAACUCUGA